CCUGUACUCUGUCCGCAGUCUCUGGUCAUCUCCUGUACUGUGUCCGCAGUCUCUGGUCAUCUCCUGUACUUAUGUCCGCAGUCUCUGCUCAUCUCCUGUACUAUGUCCACAGUCUCUGGUCAUCUCCUGUACUCUGUCCGCAGUCUCUGGUCAUCUCCUGUACUCUGUCCGCAGUCUCUGGUCAUCUCCUGUACUCUGUCCGCAGUCUCUGGUCAUCUCCUGUACUCUGUCUGCAGUCUCUGGUCAUCUCCUGUACUCUGUCCGCAGUUUCUGGUCAUCUCCUGUACUCUGUCCGCAGUCUCUGGUCAUCUCCUGUACUAUGUCAGCAGUCUCUGGUUAUCUCCUGUACUCUGUCCGCAGUUUCUGGUCAUCUCCUGUACUCUGUCCGCAGUCUCUCCUGGUCAUCUCCUGUACUAUGUCAGCAGUCUCUGGUCAUCUCCUGUACUAUGUCCGCAGUCUCUGGUCAUCUC